UAUAAUAUAAUUUCAUUAUCAAUUUUCCGUUUUAAACGUGUAUAGACGAUAAAAAGUAUUAUUGUAUAAUAUAUUAGUACACAAUACGAUGUUCGACUUCGGCGUAUUUAAUAGUAUCUUUUCACCCGUGAAAAACCGUCAGCAGUUCACGCGACCCGCGGAGGCAAGUAUUUCUCCCAUAGUCGAUAUUGCGAUGAAAGUGAACAAGAUCCAAGAGGAUGACUUACAACCGUUGAAAGAGCUGAGCGCACGCAUUGCCCGCGCAUUGAAGAAGAUUGGUAAAUUGGAAACUAGCAGGCACAGGGCAGCAGUGGCUGUGCGAUUGGAAAAUUUAGAUUUGAUGGAGGAUAUACGUUUGUUGAUGCAACUGAAAAACUACUCGCCGGUUUCAACCGGCACACAGACGUUUAUUGAAAAUAAGAAACCAUGCCGCGUCAGGUUUGUAAUACCUCCAGUGACAUGGGAAGAAGAGACGAUAAACGAGAUUUGGAUGUACCCAAAAAUCAUAAUACCGUAUUUUUCAAAAAUUUGGGUGAUUGCAAAAUUUAUUAUAAAACAUUUAAAAAAUCCAGUUAUAUUGCACAAAAUAGCCGCAAAAAUAUAUGUUGGAUUUGGAAAACUGAUUCAAAUAACAACGACCAUGGAUAUUCCAAAUAACACUACUACGAUAAACUUCAGAGUUUUUCCACGGCACACUACAUAAAUUUGUACAUUAUAAGAAUAUUAUAAAAUGGAAGAACAACUUACAAUCUGUAUCUUCACGCGGAUUCAACGUUUUAACUAGAGGUAAGACAUAUUUCAAAAUGUGGCAACGCCCAAAAAUGGUAGUACCUACAAUCAGUUUUUAAAACAAAAAUGUUUGUAAAUGUAAUAGUAUUUAUAAAUCCAAUAGCCAAAAAUGUUAUGUAUAUUGGACUUGAAAAUGUUGUUCCUCAUUUGAAGAAUGUGAAUUCUCAGUCGCAUCAACAAACGUCUAUCCUACAUUCCUCCAUAAAAUCCACA